AUGUUUUUGUUGCCGGAGGUUCAAUCACCGGAUAGGAAAUUACCAUUUAAAGAGAAGUUAUUAUGGACAGCCGUAUCAUUGUUUGUAUUUUUAAUAUGUUGUCAAAUACCGCUAUAUGGUAUAGUAACAAGCAAAUCAAGUGAUCCGUUUUAUUGGAUGCGUGUUAUUUUAGCAUCAAACAGAGGAACAUUAAUGGAGUUAGGUAUAUCACCUAUAGUUACUAGUGGUAUGGUUAUGCAGCUAUUAGCUGGUUCUAAAAUUAUAGAUGUUGAUCAAAGUUUGAAAGAAGAUCGAACCUUAUUUCAAGGAGCUCAGAAAUUAUUAGGAUUAUUAAUAACGUUAGGUGAAGCUAUUGCUUAUGUUGUUAGUGGUAUAUAUGGUAAUUUAUCAGAAAUCGGAACAACCCAUGCUAUAUUAAUAAUUUUACAAUUAUUUUUUGCUGGUGUUGUAGUUAUAUUAUUAGAUGAAUUGUUACAAAAAGGUUAUGGUUUAGGUUCUGGUAUAUCAUUGUUUAUAGCUACAAAUAUAUGUGAAACUAUUAUGUGGAAAUCUUUUAGUCCUACAACUAUUAAUACCGAUAAAGGAAUUGAAUUUGAAGGUGCCAUAAUAUCAUUAAUAUAUUGUUUGUUUACAGAAUUUAACAAAAUAUCAGCUUUAAAAAAAUCUUUUUAUAGAACCCAUGCUCCAAAUGUAACAAACUUAUUAGCUACUGUUUUGGUAUUUUUAAUUGUUAUAUAUUUACAAGGAUUUAGAGUCGAUUUAUCUGUUAAAUACCAAACUGUAAGAGGCCAACAAGGAACAUACCCAAUUAAGUUGUUUUAUACCAGUAAUAUACCAAUUAUAUUACAAACUGCAUUAGUAUCUAAUUUAUACUUUUUUUCCCAAAUAUUGUACAAAAGAUUUUCUAAUAGUAUAUUAGUAAAUAUACUUGGACAAUGGCAAGAAAUCGAAUCAAGUGGCACAUCUGUACCUAUAGGUGGUAUAGCAUAUUAUAUAUCACCUCCAAAUUCCUUUGCAGAUAUAACAAAUGACCCAUUUCAUACAUUAAUAUAUAUUUCAUUUGUCCUUGUUUCUUGUGCCUUUUUUUCAAAAACAUGGAUAGAAGUAUCUGGAAGUUCUGCUAAAGAUGUAGCUAAACAAUUAAGAGAUCAACAUAUUGGUAUGAGAGGUCAUAGAGAUACACCAACAUCUUUAACACGUGUCUUUAAUAGAUAUAUCCCAACUGCAGCUGCAUUUGGAGGGAUGUGUAUUGGUGCUUUGACAAUAUUAGCUGAUUUCCUUGGAGCUUUAGGUAGUGGUACGGGUAUUUUACUAGCCGUUACCAUCAUUUACCAAUUUUACGAAAUGCUAGUCAAAGAACAAGAAAAAGCCACCUCCCUGUUUUAG